AUGAGCACCAGUAGUCCUGCACCAGUCCUCAAUAGAGCUCAGAAACCCCCCAGCACGCCCAACACCCAUAUAUCAACCUCCACAUCAUCGUAUAAAUCAGAUACGUUGUCAUCAACACACUCGAGUCGAGAAGUCCUGAAAAACACAAACCAUAAAAUCAAACCCUCAAAGCCAACAACCACAACUGUGGUCUUCCAUAAGGGCAAGCACACGUCACGGACUGCAGAGUUUGGUGGUGCUGGUGGUCUCGCAACUGCUAACGGCACACUACCGAGCACGAGACACAAACGAAGUGGAUCUGACGACGAUACAGCAUCACUAGGCACUACAGCAACCAUAUCAUCUAUAUCCUCAUCAUCAACAACCACAACCGGUAAAUACUCUCAUCAUGCUGCAGCAUCAGCUGGAUCAAUACCCAGUAUAGAGUCGCCAGUCCCUGCUAUGCGAUGGACGAGGAUAACUCCAAUGGGAAACGUACCGCCACGACCUGUUAGGGCACAUACGAUGACGCUUGUUGGAGAGAAACUGUAUCUGUUUGGAGGAUGUGACAACUCUGAAUGUUUUCCGGAUUUAUGGAUUUUUGAUUCAGAGACAAUGUCGUGGAGCAAACCUAUAACGAGGGGAACUUUGCCUGAUCCUACGAGGGCGCAUUCGGCUAGUUUGAUUGAAAAGAAAUUGUACAUGUUCGGUGGUGGUGACGGUCCAAACUAUUACAACUCCCUAUAUGUGCUAGACACUACGACACUAACAUGGACCAAACCAAUAAUAUCAGGUGGCUCGCCAGGUCCACGACGAGCCCACACAACUUGGGUGUACGAUAACCGUUUAUACGUAUACGCAGGUGGCGACGGUGUCAGAGCCCUGAACGACGUCUACGUCCUGGACCCAGCAGCAUCCACCCCAGCGUGGUCUAAACUCGCAACAACAGGCCGAUCACCAGUUCCCAGAGGCUACCAUACAUCCACACUGGUUGGAUCAACAGUCGUCGUAUACGGAGGAAGUGAUGGGCACGAGUGCUUCUCGGAUAUACAUCUACUAGAUCUAGGAACAUCGUCAAACACUUGGCGACAAGUCGAUACCGAUAGGCCGAUACCACGAUUGUCACAUACUGCUACACAGGUUGGAUCAUAUCUGUUUGUUAUGGGUGGCCACGAUGGUGUGAGAUACUCGAGUGAGAUUCUGUUGCUGAAUCUUGUUACAUUGGGAUGGGAGACACGUAAGAUAUUAGGUGGGCCGCCAAAGGGGAGGGGAUAUCAUACUGCUGUUAUGCAUGAUUCGCGAUUGUUUGUGUUUGGAGGGUAUGAUGGGGAAUCUGUGUUUUCUGACAUGUGGAUUUUAGAUUUGGGAGCUUUUGCAUACUUGCCACAGAUUACUUCCUUCCAAGUUGGCAUGAGCCCGUAA